GCGUGGGGGAGGGGCGGGCGUGGGGUUAGCGGCUGACACCCGGAAAGGGGGCGUGAGCAGCAGUCUGUACCUCCUCCCCUCUCCCCUCCGCCGCCCUCCCCGACCCCCUCCGCCCCCGCUCCAGCCCGCUGCAGGGCGUCUGUCUGCAGAUCUGCCAGUCACAGCGGGGCACCUGGAGGAGAGGACAGCUCACUGCUAACCUUCUAGAGAGGUCCGGGGUGACGAGAGGGAGACCCUGAUCAACAUGGAAAAACCCAGCUCCGGAAAAGUAGAGGAGUCGCAGAGCACACCCAAGACGGAGGAGGAGCGGCCUCCCUCCGCGGAGCCUUCUGCGGAGGACCAGUCUUCCGAGGAGCAGUCCUCUGAAGAGGAGUUCUUUCCGGAGGAGCUCCUUCCUGAGCUGCUUCCCGAGAUGCUCGCGUCAGAGGAGCAGCGUCCACGGGAGCACCUUUCCAGGAAGGACCUAUUUGAGGCGCGCCCUCCCAUGGAGCAGCCUCCUUGUGGAGUGGGAAAACACAAACUAGAAGAAGGCAGCUUUAAGGAAAGGCUGGCUCGCUCUCGCCCACAAUUUAGAGGGGACAUACACGGUAGAAAUUUAAGUAACGAGGAGAUGAUCAAGGUCGCAGAGGAGAUGGAAGAGAUGAAGAGAGUGCGAAACAAACUGAUGAUAAUGCACUGGAAGGCCAGGCGGAACCGUCCAUAUCCUAUUUAAUGUGCUACAUUGACCUUUAAUUCUGCUUCUCCAGAUCUAACUAUUGCCACCCUAACUUUGUUUGCAUUAUGUUAAAUACCCCUCUCCUUCCUCAUUGGAACUUUCUGUGUGGCAUUAUUUUCAGUGUCUCUCUUAACUGGCAUAAAAUUGCACCUCGCUCCCCACCCCACCCCCGCCCCCGCAAAUCUUUCUCAGUCUAAUCCCUUUGCAUGGUGAGAUGUAUGUUACUUAUUGUAAACUGAAAAAGACAAUUUCUAAAAAGUAUAUUAUUCCGUUUUUGUUAAAAAAUGUUAACUUAUAUAUUAAUAUGUAAAGAAAACACUGUAAGUAUAUACUUAAAAGGCUUAACAGUGGCUAUUUGUAUGGUAAGAUAAUAGAUUAUUUUUAUGUUGUUUUCCAUUUGUGCUUUGUCAUAAUUUCUCAUGACAAACAUGUCUUACUUGUAUUGCACAAAAUACUUUUAAUAUAAUUUUCAAAUGUUAAGCAAUUUAAAAGUUGUCAGUUUAUAAAGACAAUGUGGCACUUAAUAAAUACUUUUCAGAACUCUAAA